AUGGCAACUUCACUUCUAGGGGAAGAACCGCGCCUGGGCUCCACUCCGCUGGCCAUGCUCGCCGCCACCUGCAACAAGAUCGGCAGCCCCAGCCCGUCGCCGUCGGCGCUGUCGGACAGCGCGUCUCCCUUCGCCAAAGGCUUCCACCCGUGGAAACGCUCGUCGUCGUCGUCGGGCAGCUGCAACGUCGUGGGCUCCAGCCUAGCUGGCGUCGGCGUGUCCGCCUCGGCCCGCAACGGCUCUUCAGCUCACGCCGCAGCUGCGGCCGCAGCAGCGGCGGCGGCGGCCGCGCUCGUCUCGGACUCGUUCAGCUGCGGCGGAUCGCCGGGAUCCAGCGCCUUCUCGCUCACGUCCAGCGGCGCCGCGGCAGCCGGGUCGCCCUUCGCCAACGACUACUCCGUCUUCCAGGCGCCCGGGCCGUCGGGGGGCGGCGGCGGCGGAGGGGGCGGCAGCGGCGGCGGCGGAGGGGCGCAGGACGCGCACCAGCCGGUCUUCAUCUCCAAGGUGCACACGUCGGUGGACGGCCUGCAGGGCAUUUACCCCCGCGUGGGCAUGGCGCACCCGUACGAGUCGUGGUUCAAGCCUUCGCACCCCGGCGACGCGGGGGCCUCCAGCUGGUGGGACGUGGGCGCCGGCUGGCUCGACGUGCAGAACCCCAACGGGGUCCACCCGGCCGCCGCGGGCCUCCCCGCCGGCUCCCUGCACUCUCCUCUGGGCGCCUACAACUCGGAUUACUCGGGCCUGGCGGGCCACUCGGCCUUCAGCAGCGGCGCGGCCUCGACGCACCUCCUGAGCCCCGCCGGGCAGCACCUAAUGGACGGAUUUAAGCCCGUGCUGCCGGGCUCGUACCCGGAGCCGUCGCCGUCGCCUCUGACGGCGGGAGCGGGAGGCUCCAUGCUGGGCGCGGGCCCCUCCGCGCCGCUAGGCGGCUCCCCGCGCUCUUCGGCGCGCCGCUACUCGGGUCGCGCCACUUGCGACUGCCCCAACUGCCAGGAGGCCGAGCGCCUAGGUCCCGCCGGCGCCAGCCUGAGGAGGAAAGGCUUGCACAGCUGCCACAUCCCCGGCUGCGGCAAGGUGUACGGCAAGACGUCGCACCUCAAGGCUCACCUGCGCUGGCACACGGGCGAGAGGCCGUUCGUGUGCAACUGGCUCUUCUGCGGCAAGCGCUUCACGCGCUCGGACGAGCUGCAGCGCCACCUGCGCACGCACACGGGCGAGAAGCGCUUCGCCUGCCCGGUCUGCAACAAGCGCUUCAUGCGCAGCGACCACCUCAGCAAGCACGUCAAGACCCACAGCGGAGGCGGCGUGGGAGGAGGCGGCGGCGGAGGCGGCGGCUCGGGAGGCGGAAAGAAAGGCAGCGACACCGACAGCGAGCACAGCGCCCCCGGCAGCCCGCCGUGCCACUCCCCGGAGCUGCUGCAGGCCUCCGAGCCCGGCCACCGGAACGGCCUGGAAUGA